GUUGGCCGCUGCCUUAACGCAGCCGCUACCUCUGGGGCGGAGCGGACACCGACAUGCUGGGGACCAGAAGGGGAGAGCCCAGCUCGGGGAGUGCGCGCAUCGGCCCAUUUGGCGCUCACAGGAUAGGGCUGGGGGUGGAGGCUGGAAGUUCUUCCCAAGGCCGGACCCGAACUCCAGGAGCUGGGCGAGGAGCCAGGCUUGAAGUUUCCGGGGGCCUGAGUGCGCAUGUUGCCAUGACGAUGCCUCACAUCGCUGCCGGCCCUGCCCCUGCGGGUCCGGGGCCUACCACAGAGGGUCUCUUUAUCGACUCCUCCCGGAGGGCAUUUAGCCGCCCGGGAAAGAGAUAGCCGUUUGCUAUUGGGGACUUUUAGUCCUGGUCUUCUCUCACUUCCCUCGAACAAAUCACCGCAACCACUUGGGAAACCAUGGGAAAAAUCGUGAUUGCUACACCGCGCCCGCUGGAGUCUCUCCUCCCGGGCAUGUCAGCCCCGACUCCGACGCCCCCUUUUCGCCAGGAGUAGACUGGAAAAGCCACACCAGGUCUCCGCGCUCCCCCUCGCUCCCACCCUGAUAGAGGAGGCUGCGGGCCAGAGCGGCCUUUGCGGCGCAGUUCGAUGACGUAUUGCGCCUGUGCGCGGGGCCCGCUGGGCGGGUGUGAACCCGGGCGGGGUGUGAGCGACCGGCGGCUGGGAGUCAGCGGCUGCCGGGCAGCACGGCUUUAGACGGAAUGGGGAAGAAGCAGGUGCGUCCUCCACGAGCCCUUCCACCUGUGCCAAGUGCUAAUCAAGAUGAUAUUCCACUUAGUCGUCCUAAGAAAAAGAAGCCCAGAACAAAAACCACGCUAGCUAGUGCUUCUUUGGAAGGUCUUGUUCAGACUGCUGUUCACAGGCCACCUGAGGGCAGUGAGCCACCAACUAAAGACCCCAUAGAACAUCAAGAAGCUCCUGUUCAAAGGAGACAGAGGAAGACGAAGCUACCUCUUGAAUUGGAGACUGCCUUUACCCAGAAGAAGACUUCUAGUCCAUCUUUAUUACCAAAUGAAAAUGGUAUCAAUGUGGAGCCAGCUGAGGAGCCAGCCAUUCAAAAACCUCGAAGGAAGACAAAGAAAACCCAGCCAGCGGAAUUACAUUAUGCCAAUGAGCUGGGAGUUGAAGAUGAAGACAUAAUUACUGAUGAGCAAAGUAGUCCAGAACAACAGUCUGUAUUGACUGCACCCACUGGUAUUAGCCAGCCUGUAGGGAAAGUGUUUGUGGAAAAAAGCCGGCGAUUCCAGGCUGCUGAUCGCUCAGAGCUGAUAAAAACCACAGAAAAGAUAGAUGUGUCAAUGGACAUGAAGCCUUCCUGGACCACCAGAGAUGUUGCACUGUCAGUGAACCGGGCUUUCAGGAUGAUUGGUCUCUUUUCUCAUGGCUUCUUGGCUGGCUGUGCUGUGUGGAAUAUUGUUGUGAUAUAUGUUUUAGCAGGAGAUGAGUUUUCUAACCUCUCAAACCUUCUGCAACAAUACAAGACAUUAGCAUAUCCAUUCCAGAGUCUUCUCUACUUGCUUUUGGCUCUAAGUACAGUUUCAGCUUUUGACAGGAUUGACUUUGCUAAAACAUCAGUAGCAAUCCGAAAUUUUCUUGCCCUGGAUCCAACAGCUUUAGCAUCUUUCUUGUACUUUACUGCUCUUAUAUUAUCUCUGAGUCAACAAAUGACAAGUGACAGAAUCCACCUUUACACACCUUCUUCUGUUAAUGGUAGCCUCUGGGCAGAAGGAGUUGAGGAACAGGUUCUCCAGCCGUGGAUUGUGGUGAAUCUGGUGGUGGCCCUUCUGGUUGGAUUAUCUUGGCUUUUUUUGUCUUAUAGGCCAGGCAUGGAUCUUAGUGAAGAGUUGAUGUUCUCCUCUGAUGUGGAAGAAUAUCCUGAUAAAGAUAAAGGAAUCAAAGCCUCUUCAUAGUGCCGACUCACCUUCAGAGUAAUUACCUAGUAUUUAGAAUUUUUCCCAUUCUUGUUUUUAAAUGUAUUUUUAUAAGAUAUUUGCAGAUGUAUUUGGAAUUGAUUUUUCGAUUAUAUAAUACUGAAGAAUUUCUCAGGAUUAUGGAAAAUGUUAAAAUGGUAUCUGUGAUUUAUACCCAAACAUUAAUUUCUAUAGCAUUAUUGUCUCUAUGACAAAGGAGAUGCUGAGGUAGAAACCAGCAGGUGAAAGUGUUUACUUCCUGUUUUCUCAAAUUAGUUGCAUUUAUAAUCAUUAUCUUUAAAAGUACUGUAUACAGUGCUUUUAAAAAAGCCAUUACUUUAGUGUUACAAAAUCUAUAUCAGGUUUAAACAUAAAUUUAGGGAAUAGGGAAGAAGGGGGGAAAAAGGACCUUCAUUAUUUAUUUUUCUUGUCUCCUUACUGAAUAAAUUGAAAUAUGAAAUUUGUUUUUUUUGAAACUGGUUCCGUGGUUGUGUAUCAUGUAAUAAGUAUAAAAAUGUAAUGUAAUUUAGCUUGAAAGAUGCUAUAUUUCAUGGCUAAUAAAAAGGAAAUGUAACUUUUA